UGGAUGGUUGGCAUUUGGAAAGCUUAUUCACACAGAAAUAUGGGGAAUUGGAGGUCUGGGAUUUGGAAUGUGAAUUCACACGGGAAUAUCGGGAACUGGAGGUCUGGUAUUUGGAAUCUGAUUGCACAGGGGAAUAUGAGGAAUUGUAGGUCUGGUAUUUGGAAAGUGUAUUCAUUCCGGAAUAUGGGGAAUUGGAGGUCUGGUAUUUGGAAAGUGCAUUCACACUGGAAUAUCGGGAAUUUGAGGUCUAGUAUUUGGAAAGAGAUUUCACAUGGAACUAUGGGGAAUUGCAGGUCUGGUGUUUGGAAAGUGUAUUCUCACGGGAAUAUGGGAAAUUGGAUGUCUGGUAUUUGGAAAAUAUACUCACACGGGAAUAUGGGGAAUUGGAGAUCUCGUUUUUGGCAAGUGUAUUCACACAGAAAUAUGGGGAAUUGCUGGUCUGGUAUUUGGAUAGAGUAUUCACACAGGAAUAUGGGGAAUUGCUGGUCUGGUAUUUGGAUACAGUAUUCACUCGGCAUUAUGCGGAUUUGGAUGUCUGGUAUUUCGAAAGUGCAUUCACAUGGAGAUAUGGGGAAUUGGAAGUCUGGCAUUUGGAAAGUGCAUUCAUACGGGAAUAUGGGAAAUUGGAGGUCUGGUAUUUGGAAAGUGUACUCACACGGGAAUGUGGGGAAUUGGAGAUCUGGUAUUUGGAAAGUAUACUCACACUGGAAUAUGGGGAAUCGGAGAUCUGGUAUUUGGAAAGUGUAUUCAUACAGGGAAUAUACGGAACUGGCUGUCUGGUAUUUGGAAUGUGUAUUCACACAGAAAUUUGGGGAAUUGGAGGUCUGGGAUUUGGAAAGUGAAUUGACACGGGAAUAUCGGGAACUGGAGGUCUGGUAUUUGGAAAGUGUAUUCUCAUGGGAAUAUGGGGAAUUGGAGGUCUAGAAUUUGGAAAGAGUAUUCAUACGGGAAUAUGUGGGAUUGGAGGUCUUGUAUUU